AUGGUGUUCAUCUGUGGUGCUGGUAAAGAAGAAGGACGGCAUCAUGUGGUUUUGUGUUGGCUACUACCGUCUGAACGACGUUACGAAGAAAGACAGCUAUCCCUGCCGAGAAUUGAUGACACGCUGGACAUGCUUACAGGAGUAAAGUGGUUUAGCCCGCUGAACCUGAAAAGUGGCUACUGGCAGGUUAAAAUUAACCCUAAAGUCAAGGAGAAAACUACAGGAUAUCAUCAUCGUAGGCCGUACGAUUGA